UAUAAAUCAACCACCACUUUCAACACCUUCUGUACUCUCAUUUCACCAGAUCGUAUUUUCACAGUGAAUCACUGCAAUCUAUUUUGGCACAUAAUUCGUGUUGCUCGCAGCUGUCGCAUAUUGUCAUCCCUUUCUGUAUCAUCUGUCGUCAGACUCCCUUGGACAUGCGACCCUUUUAGUGUUAGUAAGACGACACAACCGACGUCAGUUAACGAGCCGGUGCUUUCUUUCAACACGCGAGCUCUCGUAGAUCGACAGCCACGAUUAGGAAGAGGCGAAACCCCAUGUUGUCGAUUACAGACUUAUGUUCCUGAGUCAUAAGUUCAUCCACAACGACCCGACCUGUCCUUUAUUCUUCGUCGCCAUUCCUUGAUCUCGAUACUUCAGGCCACUUCAUCCUCCCUUAGCUUACCUGCCUACCUGGGAGUGGCAUGCUAUUAGCUUGAUCAUCAUGGCUUCCGUGCCUUCUGCUACUCGUCCUCAAGACGAUGGGCCUUCCGUCGCCUCUACUGCGACGACUGACGAACAGACUGUUAACCUGCAGGUCCUGUCACCGUCUGUUGGCGUGAAUCGACCACUGCUUUUCCCGAACCUUGCUGCAAAUACUACAAUCAAGCAGCUCAAGGAUAAAAUUCGCCAGGCUCUCCCCUUGCGACCCGCCGACGACCAUCAACGAUUGAUUCAUAGGGGACACGCACUCGUUCGCGAAGCGGAUACACUAGUCGAUAUCUUUGGCGCUGAUGCGAUUCGCACUUCCGAGCAGCAGACGAUCCACCUUGUCCUUCGCGACAUGACCGAUAGCCCAUCUUCAACUCCCAAUGCGCCCUCUGCGCCACCGUCCCUCGCCGCUCCUGUUCCUGCACCUGCACCUGCGCGAGGUCCGAGCCCAACCGCUUCCGCACCACCAACACAUCCUCCACGCCCUCAACCCCAGCAACCCCAGCAACCCCAGCAACCCCAGCAACCUCACGGCCAACCUUUUGGAUACCAGAUGCCACCGGGGUGGCGGAACUCGAUGCCCCCAACUUCCAACCCGUUUCCUCAACCACGCAUGCCGUCGCCUUCGCCUUCACAUACUCCCGAGCAAGCGGCCGCCUUCCAACACCAACAUCAGAACAUGACACAGUGGUUGAACAGCAUUCAACGAGAGGCCAUGGCUAGAGCUCUCAACCAGAACCAACGAACGAGAGCUCAAAUGGGGAUGCGCGGCGUUGGAGACCCCAAUAACCCUGGAAACACUGGUGGAAACAAUAGUGGCCGAGCAAGCCCAGCGCCAGGCCAUACCGUUUACCGUGAGCACGUUGGACCAAAUGGGAGCACCUAUCAAUUCGAGACUGUGAUUCGGACUGUGGUACCUGGACAACAGGGUAAUGGUGGUGCUAGCGGCUCAAUGUCUCCAGCUGAUGUACAGAAUCUUUUUCGAAACGCUGAUAUCAACCAAGCUACGUCGGCAAUGGCCAGCGCAAUGCAACGAAGCGCUUCGAGCACCUCUCUUCACAAUCGACAUCAACAUGGAAUGACGGCGCCCAUGUGGCCCAUGUCCCAACCCAUGACCGGCAGUGGUCGUGGAACCCCUGAUUUGUCUCUUAAUCGACUCAGUACCACUGCAGCUCCCGGAAGUUCACAGACCAGACAAGGACCUGAGGUGUAUAUUCUCUCGUCGCCCGAGGGACCCAGAGCCUUGCUUUUGAACAAUACUAGUUCUGAAACGUAUAUCACCCCACGGUUGCGAACUCAGACGAGUCUACCUCACCUUCGACAAGCCGCUGCUCUCAGUAGUGCCGCUCUGGAUGCUCAGAGUCAGCUGCGAGCGAGACACCACCACCACCAUCAUCCUCAUCAUCACCACCAUCACCAUCCCCGUUCCCAGGUCGCGCCGCAGCCGAUACCUCAGCUCCAGGCACAAGGACGACCUCUGAACCUACAACCCCCCCAGCCUUUUCAGCAGCAAGCUCAGAACCUUGCGCCGCAGCAGCAACCCGCAUACCCGGCCCAAGCCCAAGGCCAAAACCAAGCGCAGGAACCGGACCCUGCGGCGAUCAUGGCUCCCCUGAUGCACCGGGGAAAUCCACCUAUGGCUGCGCUUCCGCCUCUCCUUAUGCAGCUUUGGCCGCAAAUCUGGCUACUGUUCCGACUGGUUCUGUUUGUCUGGUUCUUCACUUCCCCCAACGCAAGCUGGUCCAGAUGGUUCACCAUCAUUGUGAUUGCCGUGCUCAUCUUUUUGCUUAGUACUGGAAUAUUUAACGGCGUUCCAGAUCACGUUUGGCAGCCUUUGGGACGACACCUUGAAAAUCUGAUUCCCGCUGAGCCCAGACGUCGCCAAGCUAUCGCCGGAGAAGACCAGCAGAAUCAGCAGCCUCGACAAAACCCAGAUCCUACUGAAAUGGCACGUCGACUUGUAGCUCAGCACCAAGGUCCUGAGAGUUGGCUGUUAUCACAAGUCAGACGCGUGGAGAGAGCUGGUCUCUUGUUUCUGGCCAGCAUCGCACCGGGCGUUGCAGAAAGGCAUAUAGCCAACCUGGAAGCAGCUGCACGAGCAGAGAGAGAGCGCCGAGAAGCCGAGGAGAGAGAGGCCGAAGCUGCGGCGGCAGCUGCGGCAGCUCAGAACGAAGAGAGCCAUGAGAACCAGGACCAAGCUGAGAAUCUUGGUGAAGAGGCGACCACCAGCACUGGCACAGAGCACAACGUAGAAGCACAGACGGAGCAAGGAGUUCAGGAUAAUAACCAGCGAAACGAGCCAGCCAGGGAACAGCUUAUUCCCUUGUAGCGUUUUCCCUUACGAUGAUAAUUUAUUGGUUGAAAUGUGUUCAAGCGAGAUGCGGGAUGAGUGGAAAAGUUUAGACCAACGCUGCAUGUGACAAGCGUUGGAAUGAGGUGAAAAAUACUGGAGUUGGCGGUGUUUCUUUUCGUAUGGAAUCUGGCUUAUUCCAGUUUUCUUCUUAUUUCUUGCAUUUCUUCUAUCGACGAAGAGAUUUGCCACAGAAUAAAGUUGAGCCCAGGCCUUUUUGUUAUUUG